UUUGAAAUAUUCAACGUAUAAACGCAAAAACGUUAUUUAUGCUUUGCUUAUGUUGGAACAUCGAAUUAUAUUGAAAUUAAAAACAUAAAUUCAAAACAUUUUGUAAAUCAAAACAUUAAAUUUGUGCAGAACUAAGUAAAAGAGAAUAAAUCCAAUGAAAGAAAACAGUUAUUUAAUAAGCGAUGAAAGUUUAAUAAAUGAAAUAGAAAAGCAUACGGUGCUAUAUGAAAAAUGUACAACUAUAUUAAAAAAGAAGAAACUACGGGAUGAGGCAUGGGUGACUGUAGCAAACGCAAUGGACAUUCCUAAGGAAGCUUGUCAGAUUAGAUGGCGUGUAAUUCGGGAUCGUUAUGUGCGCGAGAAGCAAAAGAUUGAAUCGCAGCAACGUAACGGUAUUCGAUCAACACAAAACUGGGAGUAUAUGCCACAUUUGCAAUUUUUAUCCGGACAUAUAAAACACAGAAACACACGAUUUAAAAUGGCAAACACGUCUUUGCAAUCUCCAACGUUUUUAACUCAGUCAUAUGAAUUUAAAUCAUCACCGCAUACUGAAGAUGAUAACUCAAAUUCUGAUAAAAAUCAAGUUGAAGCAUUCAAAUUGAAUAGACAUUCUCCACAAUUAUCCAGCUUAGACGAUGACAAUUCCAUACCAGAUAAAAAUCAAGUACAAGUAUUUAGAUACAAUAGUAGUACUUUUCCAUCACCUUCCAGCCCAAAUGAGCAAACCACAUCAUAUGCCUUUGACAGAACUACCCCAUCACCAUCCACCAUAAAUGAGCCAACGUCAUUUGCCUUCAUUAGUAACACUCCAGCAUCAUCCACAUCAUAUAGUCAGGAGAAAAAGACAGUAGCUUGUGAUGAUAUCAAGGAAUUGAUGACUUCACUGAAAACAAUAACAGACAAACUACAAGUAAAAAGUGAACAUCAAGCAUUUUUUGAUAUAGAGGCCUCAUUACUUAACAAGAUGCCCGUUGCUAAGCAAAAUGAAGUAAAGGUUAAAAUUCUUCAAAUGCUGGAAAAAAACGCUAGACCAUUUUCUAGUUAAAUAAUAAAUGCAUAUAACAUAAAUCAAAGUAUUCCUAAUCAAAAUAUUAAAAACAAUUAAUUUAUGUUUGACAUUAUAAUUAAUUUAUUUAAAAGUAAUUCAGUUCUU